CUGCCAUUAAAUUUUUCACCCACAACUAUCUCACAAAACCUUCAAUUUCAAAACAUGGCUUUCUUAUCCAGUCUCCUCUUCUCCUUCUUUCUCAUCUCCAUUCUAAUCUCUGUCUCCACUACUACUCCAUUGCCCAAAGCCCUAGUCCUGCGAGUUACAAAGGACACCAAAACUCUCCAAUACACAACACAAAUAACCCAAAGAACCCCUGCAGUAAAAGCCAAUGUAGUGUUAGAUGUUGGGGGUGAAUUCCUUUGGGUUGACUGCGAAAAGGGCUAUAAAUCCUCAACCCAAAAGCCUGUCCUAUGCGAAACACCCCAAUGCGCCCUCACCUCAUCUGUGGGUUGCACUGUCACAGGUUCCAACUCAAGUGAAUACAUUUGUAGUGUGACACCCACUAACCCAUUUUCAUUCAGUACUAGUGGUGAUUUACACCAAGACAUUUUUUACAUCCAACCCACCAACGGAUUUAACCCAAUGGUGAAAUCUGUUUCUGUACCAAAUCUCCCCUUUGUUUGUGCCCCAAACUCAUUAGUGAAAGGUCUGGCAAGUGGAACUGUGGGCAUGGUUGGGCUUGGUAGGAACAAAGUUGCUCUUCCUUCUGUGCUCUCAUCUGCUUUUAACUUUCCAAGGAAAUUUGGCCUUUGUUUAUCUGGUCAUUCAAACGGUGUCGUUUUCUUUGGAAAAGAGCCUUUAGUGCUUCAUGGUGUUCAUGUUACUGAUCCAAAUUCCUUGAUUUACACUCCCUUAAUUCGUAGAAACCCAUCAACCGAAUAUUUCAUUGGACUCAAAUCCAUUAACAUUGAAGAUAAGCCAGUUAAGUUCAACACAACAUUACUAACUUUCAAGAACGAAAAUGGUCAUGGGGGAACAAAAAUUAGCACCAUUGAUCCAUACACAACAUUGGAAACUUCUAUAUACAAAGCUGUUGUUGCUGCAUAUAUUAAAGCUGUAAAGGCUCCAACAGUUAAGGCUGUGGCUCCAUUUGGAGCUUGUUAUAGUGCUAAGUCCAUUGGGUUCACUUGGAUUGGACCAAAUGUGCCUAGAAUCGAUUUGGUGUUGACUAAUGACAAAGUUUGGUCAAUAAUUGGUCCCAACUUGAUGGUUAAUGUUGGUAAUGAUGUGUUGUGCCUUGGAUUAGUUGAUGGUGGUCCACUUCAUUUUGUUGAUUGGGGUAUUAAGUUUACCACAACUGCUGUUGUUAUUGGAGGGUUUCAGAUUGAGAAUAAUUUCCUUCUCUUUGAUUUGGGUGCUUCAAGGCUUGGUUUCACCAAAUCUCUUAUUCCUAGACAAACUGAGUGCUCUAAUUUCAAUUUCACAUCUCUUUAAAUAUAUUAUUAUAUCUAAGCUAGCUAGUUCUCUUUUUUUGCUUUUCCUUUUUUGGUAGCAUGUAUGGUUAGUUAAUUAAUAAAUUAAUAAUUAAUUAUCGUUUCAUUUAUUGUCCUA